UCAGCCGUAUAACGAACCGACCUAGUAAUUCGUAAAUCUUUCUUCAGGUACUUCCACAAUAACUUUAGACAGGAUGAAGGGAAAAUGCAGUUAUCAGGCUCUUAUCAAACGGAUUCGAAGCAGUAAGACUUCUGGUGCCUUUUCACUCCCAAGAAUGCAAUUCAUCCUAUUGCUCACGUUGCAGUUGAUGUCGCUGUCGACGAGUACCGAAAUGGACAGCGGCCGCUUCUUAAUAGAUAGCCGGCCUUUUCUUUUCGCUGAUGGACAGAACACGGAUUCUGGAAUCAUAAAUACGACUCAAUUUCUUAAAAAGAAAGCUAGUGUGGGUGGUCCUGUUUAUUACAAUACAAGAAAGCCAGAUUAUACCGUCAGCAAUCAUCCUAUGUCUUCUAUAGGAACCGUAUGGAAGCAACCGGAAACACCUCUAUCACUAGUCAUCAGUAACCAUAAAGGUAAUUCUCAUUGGAAUCAUAAAUGGUUUCAUAAACUUGGAAGCACAACAGCAAUUCCUCAUAAAACGAAACAUCAAAUUCCUUUGACGGAAGAAUCUUUAGUUAUCAACAAUCACAAAUCCAACAAACUACCCAUCCGACCACAUCAGCCGCAAUCUUUAGUAACUGUUGCUGAUGCAGUACCCACAAGACAGACUAGUACAGAUGUUUUGGGGGACAGAUUAAAACGACCAGAUGUUGUCAAAUCAGCUACUCUCAAUAUCUUGGAUGCUCCAAGUAAUUUAAAAACAACCAUUAAACACAACAAAAUAAUUGUAAUUCAGAAGCGUACAGAUUCAUUUACAUCAAAUCAUGUUGAUGAUGGAAUCAAGUUCAAUAGAGGAAAACCAAACAAAUUGCCUCAACUCGGAAAUUUUUCUGUAGCUCCAGUGAUGGAUCCAUGGUCAAACAUUCCCAUCCCUUCAAGGCCAUCGUGGGAACAACAUGAAGUUCAACAAGCACCCCAUCAAGCAUCCCAACAAGUACCAAUUAAAGGAGGAGUCGCACAACAGCCAGCUCCACCUCAAACGGUAUUACCCAAUUUGCCGUUCAUGCCUUUUUUAAGCUCCAUUAUCAUGCCACUUCUGAGUAAACCGCUUUCGCCACAAGCUCUGAAUUCAGGUAUGCAAGGCAUUAAGGCCAUGCAACGUUUUCUACGAAAUUCUCUAAUGGGAGCUAUGUUCUGUUUUUUACCAAGUGCCUUCAUUGCUCUUUCACUAACAGCAACUCAAAGAACUGAGACACCUAAGAUUCCUGAACUGGAUGAUUUGAAACUCUUCUGCAAGAAAUGCAAAGAAAAUCUGAGGAAAAGCUUGGAAAAAGAUUUUGCACACUCCGAUGAAGCUUGGUUGGAUGAAAAUUCUUCAUAGAGCACUUAUUUUCUGAAUUUCUACUGAUGCCAUAAUAUUAUUUAUGAUUUUCAUUGAAUGCUUUCAUAUUUUUCCAACAAUAUACAGUAUCUAUAUAUCUUUCAAAUAUCAGUAAUAUAUUCAUAUUAAAUGCACCUCAUAUUAGCAGAAGAUGAAA